AUUCAUUCCAUCCAUCGAGCUCAAGACGCUUUUGUUUUUUUAACCCCCUGCUCCGACAUCUUUUUUCUUCAGCCAUGGUCUUUUACGAGCUUUUCUGCAUCUCCAGGACUCGUCUUGUCGAGGCCAACUUGAAAGACCUGGUCAAGCAAACAUCCUUGAUCGUCAUGAACAAGGGUGGAGUUGUUAGGAACCUGAAGCCUUUGGGAGAGAAACAAUUGCCCUACCGUAUCCGGAAACAUCAAGAAUAUCAUAUGCAUGGGUUUCAAUGGCUAAUGCAGUUUGAUGCAAAUCCAACAGUGAUCAAUGAACUCAACAAGAGGCUCAAGGUCGAUCCUCGUGUUCUUCGACAUGCUGUCAUUCGCUUAGGAUCCAAGCUGGAGGAUAUUGUUACUUCUGCAGAAAAGACUGGCACAAAACUUUAAAUACAACUUCCCAACUUUUAUUUUUAUUUUUUAACAUCCAUUUUGUAAAAUAAAUUACCAUUCCUUUCUAGUUUAA